AAGAACAGAUGUAAAUUCAGAUUACUGUGUUAACUGUAUUCUUCCCAUCUAUGAAUACUACUUUUCAUAUUCAAAAAAUGGAUAUUUAUGCAUAUAUUUACAGAAUUUGGGGGAGGUUAUAACAAAGAAGGUAAAGUGAAAAAAAACUCUAAUAUAAUUUAUGUAUCAAAAAGUUUCCAACUUAUAUUAGUUUUAACCUACCUACUCCUUGUUGUAUUUCCAUUAUCAUACUAGUUAUUAAUGGGGACAGUGGAAAUAAAGUGAAUAAAUGUAUAUUAUACAACCUGUGACUUUAUCACACGCACUUUAUCUACAUAAGGAAAUGAAAGUUGUGUAGAAAAAUCCAUGCAUUUAAUUUCAAGUCCUGCAGGGCUUCAGAAAAUGAAAACGUCAGUACGGAAGAGAUAAUACUCAAAUAAUAUUUUUUAAGUAGUGUGGAUUUAGUAGGACGUGAAACAGCCCUGGUGGAACAAUUGUUAAGUGCUUGGCUACUAACCAAAAUGUUGGAGGUUCAACCCCACGCAGUGGCUCUACAGGAGAAAGACCUAGUGAUCCGUCCCUGUAAAGAUUACAGUCUAGAAAACCCUAUGGGUCAGCUCUUCUCUGUCACAUGGGGUUGCUCCGAGUUGAAAGCGGACUUAACAGUACCUAACAAUGUAGGACAUGCAGUACCUUUACAGUUCAAGGACAGUGAUUUCAAAUGGUGGGUGCAUUUUAAGAAAAGGCACAAAAGUGAUAAAGAACACGAGAGAGCAGUAAAGUAGGAUCAAGGACUGUCUGGCUGGAUUAGUGCCAGUUAGGGAGGGGAGACCAGAAAGUAGCAAUGCAGAAAAAGGCUAGAAAUAGAGGAUGUAGAAUUUCAGCAUAUAAAUACUUAUUGUUGUAAUAUUCCCUGUGCAAUUCAUAGAUGCUGGGGAAAUGUAGGAUCUGGGUUGCGCAAACAGUUAAGCACUUGGCUCCUAACCAGAAGUUUGGCAGUUAGAGUCCACACAGAGGUGCCUCAGAAAAAAGGGAUGGUGAUCUACUUCAGAAAAAAUAGCCUCUAAAAACCCUGUGGAGCACAGUUCUAUUCUGACACACAUGAGGUAGUGAAGAGAAGGGGUCGUAAUUGACUUCACAGCAACUUUUUUUUUUUUUUUUAAUGACAGUGACUCCUUGGAAAAUCAUGUCUACUGGGUCUGACCAGGAGUCAUUCCAGGGGGGGAAUCUUUUUGUUAACUUGUUUGUUGUAUAUGGUACUAGACUUUUAUACUUAAAAGCCACAUUUCUCUAUGACUUACAGGCUUAUCAGAGAAUACAUGGGGAAGAGGUAGGGACAUUCAGUUCAGUUAUUGAAUUCAACAAAAAUUGAAGAUUUGGAAAAAAAUAGAUUCUAAACAAAUAUUUACAAAUUCAAAAUUCCUUAUCUUAUUUUGUCUAGCUUCAUUUUUUUAUUUUUAUUUUUUCAAGGAAAUUAAAGCAAUAAGUUUUCAUGGAGAAAUGGAAUCAAACUUCUAAUGAUUUCAUUUUGUUGGGGCUUUUUCCCCCAAAUCAAACUGGCCUGCUCCUCUUGCUCCUUAUCAUCCUUGUAUUCCUUCUGGCCUUGAUGGGUAACUCAACCAUGAUCCACCUCAUCUGCACGGAUCCCCAUCUCCACACACCCAUGUAUUUUCUCCUCAGCCAGCUCUCCCUCAUGGACCUGAUGUGUAUUUCUACCACAGUUCCAAAGAUGGUGUACAACUUCCUCUCUGGCCACAAAGGCAUCUCUUUCCCAGGAUGUGGCACCCAAAGCUUCUUGUUCUUGACAAUGGCUGGGUCUGAAGGCUUACUCUUGGCCUCCAUGGCCUAUGACCGUUAUGUGGCCAUCUGUCGGCCCCUCCAUUAUCCCAACCUUAUGGGUAGAAAGAUGUGUGUCCAGAUGAUGGUAGGAUCUUGGAUCUUGGGAUCCAUCAACUCCUUGGCACACACAGUCUACGCCCUUCAUAUUCCUUACUGCCGGUCCCGGGCCAUUGAUCAUUUCUUUUGCGAUGUCCCAGCCAUGUUGCCUCUUGUGUGUAUGGACACCUGGGUCUAUGAGUACAUGGUUUUUGUGAGCACUAGCCUCUUUCUCCUCCUUCCUUUCCUUGGCAUCACUGCUUCCUAUGGUAGAGUACUUUUGGCUGUCUACCAUAUGCACUCCAAAGAGGGAAGGAAAAAGGCCUUCACCACCUGUUCAACUCAUUUAACUGUAGUUACUUUGUACUAUGCACCAUUUGUCUACACCUAUCUUCGGCCCAGGAAUCUCCGCUCACCAGCAGAAGAUAAAAUUUUGGCCUUUUUUUACACCAUCCUCACUCCCAUGCUCAAUCCCAUUAUCUACAGCCUGAGGAAUAAGGAAGUCCUUGGGGCCAUGACAAGGGUGUUUGGAAUAUUCUCUUCCAAUAAAGAAUAG